AUGUCUCACAUUCAAAAAUAUGUUAUUAAUGCCCAUCACAAUGGAAAUGUUAUUGUAUCUGAUGAAGUGGACUUGAUCUUUGAAAAUAUUGAAAUUAGUCAUUUCAGUAUUAAUAGAAGGUCCUCAUUCCAACAUUUUAAAGAAAGUUUAGAGAUGAAGGUUCAAGCAGGACCGGGUUCACAGAUUAUUUAUAGAAGUGUUGUCCAUUUUGGAAACAAUCAAUUUAAAUUUGUUCCGUUGAAGGUUCAUGGCGACAAGGAUGUUGAAACGAUGUUUUCAAAUCAUGAAUGUUUUAGGUUUCCGUACAUUGAUCUAUAUAUAAGAUUUGAACAAUGUCAACCCACCCAAAUGUCACAGAUAAUCAAUACAUCGGAGGAAGAUGCACCAACCAUCAUUCUAAACGAAGAUGUUGAAGAAGAAAAUGAAGCACAAGUUGAUGAUUACUAUACUACUUUAUUUGAGGAAGGAGACAAUGUUAAUAAAGGCAACAAUGAUGAACAACACAUUCCAGUCGAGAAUGUUUUCUGCCCACAUGAUAAACCUGCCCUUAUGUGGAGAAGGAUCAUCCUUUGA